AUGGCUGACGAGAAGGAUUCGAAUGCUGGAGCUUGGAGCAGAGUCCCAACUUGGGACGGAUCACCCCAGACCUGGAGAAGCUUCAGGAAAGACAUGUCUUGGUGGUUGGCCGGACUUGACAUCCAAUCCACCAAGAAGUACAAUCUAGCAGCAAGAUGGCUCUUGCGGCAAUCCGGAGUGGUGCGACAGAGAGGAGAAGAAUUUGAUCCAGCAGAGCUGGAAUACCAGAAGGAGGUCAAGAUGCCCAAUGCUGAGACUGGUGACGACGAGAUCGUGACUCCAGAGGAUCCUCUGAGCGGCAUCAAUCGCCUUCUUCGAGCACUUGAGGAGAUGACAGGUCGCACCUCGCUCGACAAGCGAGGAGAGCUCCGGAACGUCUUCUACCUGGAGUUGAAGAGAAGGUCAGGUGAGCGGAUCUCAGAAUUCGCCACGAGGUUCAGAGGGCUCAUCGCCGAGAUGAAGUCGGAGGGUGUGACCAUCCACGAUGGUGAACUUGGCUGGUGGUUCAAACAGAAGCUUGGACUUGACCCUCUCCGAACUCAACUGCUGGACACAGCGCUGGCCGGCGCUGAGGACUACAGCACGAUCGAGUGUGAAGUCCUGAGGCUGUUCAAGGAUUUGCACUCAGCAGAUCCCCUUCAUCGUCGACAAGGUGAUGGCGAUCAACGUGCACCUCUCCUGAACAGGUUCCUGAGCCAGCAGGCCAAUGCCAGCAGGCCUUCGUCGUAUGCUCCCUCGAUGGCCAGUUCAGCUGCUCGGUCAAUGAGGUCGAAUUCAUCGACCGCUUCAUCGGGUCGACUGCCGUCGAAUACCUCCUACAGGAAGCCCUUCAUGCAGAAGCAGGCCAUGGUGUCUGAAGCCGAGGAGGAGAUCCAUGUUGAUGAACAGGCGAAUGAACCGCCUGGUGGUGAUGAUGAGAUGGAGCCUCAGACUUUGGAAGAAGUCUUGACCACCGAAGCUGAAGUUCUUGCAGCUGAACUUGAUGAAGCGGCUGCUCAGGGUGUCGAUGCCGACACGUUGCAAGAGAUUGAAGAAAGCGUUGAAGCAGCAGCCGAAGCCUUCUUGACGAUGAAGGAGGCCAGAUCCAAGUUGCAAGAAGUCCGCAAAGACCGCGGAUAUGGCAAAGCACCUUCUCCAGCAUCCAGCUCAGUGGCCAACAAGGUCAACUUGAAGAAGCAGUCGGAUAGGCAUCCUUGCUUUGACUGCGGCUUGGCAGGACACUGGGCAGGCGAUCCAGAAUGUCAGAAGCCUGGACAACAGCUUGGCAGAAAGAAGGGGAAAGCGGUUCAGAAACAGGUGAAAGUCACCGAGGCGCUCAACACGGAGCAUACAGAUGAAGCUGAUCCUGAACAUGAAGUUCUUGUGCUCCGCCAUCAACCGCAAGUCCUCACCGAUGCUUUUGUCUCGACUGUACAGAACUUCCAUGAGCCCAAAGAGGUGAACGCUUUGGGCCUCGCUUUGGACAAAAGAUUGGUGGGAGCAUUGGAUAGCGCCUGCAACCGCACCUGCACUGGCAUGGAUUGGUUGAACAGCUUUCUCCAAAGGUUGAGGUCAACUGCCCCCGAGGAAGUGAUUGCCCUGGUAAAGUGUGAGCCCGAGAAGGAGACCUUUCGCUUUGGUAAUGGGGGCACUCAAGUCAGCAAAGAACGAUGGCGCCUUCCUACCAUGGUUGGUGGUGCAAUCAUUUGUUUUUGGACCUCUGUUGUUCCGGUGGCAUCCCUGGGUUUGCUUUUGGGCCGUGAUUUUCUAGAAGCGGUUGGUGCAGUGAUGAGUUUUUCUCGGAAAGCCCUUCGGUGCGACCACCUGGAUGGGAAGGAGAUCCCAUUGAGCCAGUUGACGGCAGGUCACUAUGCCCUUCACCUCCUCCCGAGCUCUUGGCCAGGUCUGGGCUCUCAGAAGCCUUACUUGCGGUACUUGCCGCUGCCCUAUCCAUCUUCGGGCACCCCGGACCUUUGGUUGCGGCAAGGUCAACAACAGGUGGCAGAUGGUCAUGCGAGCAAGCGACACCUGGACAUGGCCUACACGAUGGACCGCUUCGUGUACAAGAACCUGGUGGAGUGCAUGCAUUGGCGAGACCGACUUGGCAUGAUGACGGCCUUCUGCGAAGACCCUGUGUUGACGGGAAUGAUUCAUGCAAAAGCCGCCAAGGGGUUGAGGAAGAAGGUGAGAGACGCCGCUUUGGAAGAAGCCAAGAAGGAGGCCCUCCAGGCCGAACAGGUCUUGAAAGAGAAGCCUACACCUGCUCCCAGCAAGGCGAAAUCAAAAGCGAAGCCAGCAGCCACCAAACCUCAAGGAUGGACCGUGGGCUACAGUGCAGGUCUGGUGGCAGAGCCGUCUCCCGGGAUGGUGUCCUAUCAACACCUCAUCGACAUGCGCAACCGGUUUCAGACAACCCUGGACCACAUGGCAUUGGAGAUCCAAGAGCUUCGACAACAACGUCAACAGGGCACGCAGGUGGACCUCUCCAGUUUGGCGAAGACGGUGUCAAGCAGCUCCGGCUCCGGAGGAGAGAUGGAAGUGACGCCGGAACUUCUUCAAGAUGCCGCCUGGUCCCUGGAGGGAGCAUUCGAGCAGCAGUUGGCUGCUCACUACGGGGAGGAGAACGUGAUGUUCCUGACACCGGAGGAGAGGGCUCAGGCGGAAUUCUUCAAGGAGAUGGAGGCCCACAUGAAUGAUGAGACCUUCUUCCAAGUGUUUGAUUUGAUGCCCACGUUCCAUGAGUCCCUUGUGAAUGAGAAGACGAAUGGCUCUGAUCCCCGUCCUUUUCUGGCUGAGGUCUACACGACAGCACAACAUGUGUCCAAAGUCGCCCGCGACCGUGGUCAUGCCGUUGGACCUGCUUUGAGCCUGGAGACGGGGUGGAACUUUCUUUUGGCUAGCCAUCGAGAGCGAGCCAAGAAACAGCUGGCACAAGACAAACCUUUUUGCCUGGUCUUAGCCUUCCCAUGUGGCCCUUUUAGCCCUUUGCAACAUCUCAAUACCAAAGGAAAGCUAUCCUGGCCUCGACGUCUGGAGGAAGGGCGAGUCUUGAUGCGAUUUGCUUUGGAGUUGGCUGACAUGCAGCUCAAGGCGGGUCGGCGCUGCAUCAUUGAGAACCCCAAGCCCUCUGCAGCAUGGCGGGAGCCGGAGAUGAGAAAGUUUUUGGAGGAGAAGAAUGUUCAUAUGGCUGUGUUUGAUCAGUGCCGUUUUGGCCUCAAAAGUGUGGAAGGCAUCCCUCAACGGAAGUCAACUUUGGUGGCAAGUUCCAGUUCGAAGGUGAUUGACAUGUUGAAUGGAAUGGUUUGCAAGCGUGACCAUGCCCACUCUCCUGUCAUCGGUGGCUCCCGGGUAACAGCUCGUGCGGGCAUCUACCCUAUGGGCCUUGCAAAGGCCAUGGUGCGGGGAGUUGAAGUUCAGUUCGAACAGGACUUUGGCCAUGAAGCGCUGGCUGCUGAGGUUGUGGAGGAAGAAGUCGAUCGUCCUGAUGGUGCGCUCGGCUAUGGAGAAGAUUCUGACGAUGAUGAGAUGAAGAUUUCUCCAGAAGAGGCCAAGAUGAACAUUCCGGCAAGCGUGAAGCUGGCCAUCAAGAGGUUGCAUGAGAACACAGGGCAUCGCAGUGGGCGAAGACUUGCUCGCGCUCUGGCUAUAGCAGGGGCACCUCCGGAAGCAGUUGUUGCAGCCAAACGACAUCGAUGUGCCGUUUGUGAGGAGAAGGCUCCACCCAAAGCUCGGCGACCUGCCAGUCUCCCUCGUCCAAAAGACAUUGGUGACCAAGUGCAUGUGGAUUUGCUGGAGGUCGAGGACUGCCAGGAGCAGAAAUACUAUGUCUGUCACUGCACGGACGCGGCAACUCGCUUUCAAGUGGCAGAAGUGCUGCCGAACAAAUCUACGGCAGCAGUGAUUGAGUUCCUGAGCAAAAGAUGGGUGGCUAUGUUUGGGCCGCCCCGUGUUUUGGUGUGUGAUCAAGGAAGAGAGUUCAUCUCUUGGGAGAUGGAAGAGUGGGCAAGCUCAAUGAGCAUUAUGCUGCACCACAUUGCCGUUCAGGCUGCACCAACUCCAGGUUCCAUAUGCUACUUUUACCGCCCUCUCCGGUACAACAACAAGAUGUCUCAGAGCCGGAAGAAGCUCACCUUAAAGAGAUGGCAUGGACCUGCGAUGAUGGUGGCGAUGGAUGGGCACGCCUCCGUGUUCCUCUCCUACAAGGGACAACUCACAAAGUGUGCUCUUGAGCAUGUCCGCCUGGCUUCCACUAUGGAGCAAAUAGCUUCCGGUGCUUGGUCGGAAGCGAUCAAGGAGGCGGUGGAUGCGGCUCGACAUGAGCAAGCCCUGAGGAAUACUCAGAGUGAUGGCAAUCAAGGGUGGCAAGCACCUCAGCAGCCGGUCCUACCAGAGACCCCUGUGGCAGCUGGAAAUCCUUCGACACCCGCAUUUCUCCCUCCGUCCAAUGCGACAAUGAAUGCCGAUGAGAACCAGUUGGAAGGCAGAGAUCUACCUCCCGUACAACCUCAAGAGCUUUGGCAGAUGAUGGUUCCCUCCAAUGCUCUCGCUUCUUCUCAGGUAGACUCCUCAUUGCCGUCGCGACGGGCUAGCGAUUUUUCAGAUACGCCCUUUCCUCAGGCCACCAGACUGGCUAUGGGAAGACGACCUUCAGGACUGCCUUUGACCUCAGUGCGUGAGAGGGUCCGAGAAAUUGAAGGAAGCCUCAAACGUCCAGCUGAGCUGGAUGCGGAAGCUCUUCGUGAACAAGGCCAUGAACAAGGAACUCCUCGAGCAGAGGCUAGCAGUUCAACGCCUGCAGAAGUGACGGAAGAGACCCUGGUGACUGAAGCCGUUGAUGUCAUCAAGGCGGAGCUGAAGAAGGAAAAUCUCCACCCAUUGAGACGAGCCUUCCUGCAGGCUGAACUGGACAAGCAGUCUCCACUAGAUGCUGAAGUACCAGAUCAUGGCACCUGGCAUGGAAAAUGGUCCCUGCCGUCAAGAUCGGAGUGGUUGGCCCAUCAGAAACUGGGUCUGAGCUGGCCCAAUGGAAGUCAGCCCGAUCAUGAAGUCCAAGCAGUGCAAGCAAAUCGCAAGGAGUUUCAAUGGAGGACUAUGUCCAGUGAGGAGAAGAAGGCAUUUGCUGAAGCUGCAGAGCAAGCAUGGUCAGUAUGGGAGGAAAAUGCUGCAAUCGAAGUUUUGACGCCAGAAGAAUCAGAGCAUGCCCCUACGGGGUCCCGUGUGUCUCAACACUUGCUCUUCACAUUCACGGCCAGUCAUAGCACUCCGACAACACCACGGGAGCAAAAAUGGAGGAUCAUGUCCGCUGAUGUGAAGUCUGCCUUUUUGAAGGGAGACGCCUAUGUGGAUGGCCAGCGGGAGCUCUUUCUGGAGAAUGUGAAGGGUGAGGAGCCCAAGUUGCCUUUUGGGAGCUGCUUGGCAAAGAUCCGCAAGGGAGUGUUUGGACUCUCAGAUGCGCCCCGCCAGUGGUACUUGCGCCUCAACAAGUCCUUGCAAGCAGCUGGAUGGGAGAGGACGGUUUUCGACUUCGCAUGCUGGCUCAAAUGGUCUGAUGACCGCAAGAAGCUUCGUGGCAUCAUCAUCUCCCACGUGGAUGACUUGUUGCUGGGCGGUGACUCUACCGCGCAGGAGAGCCUGUUGACCAUUGGAAAGGAGCUGGGCUUCGGAAGUGUAGAAUAUGAUGAUUUUGUUUACUGCGGGAAGAGAAUCCAGAUGCAGCCUGAUGGCGCCAUAUCGGUGAGCAUGAAGGCCUACCACGACAACCUCUCGCCCGUGGAGAUCCCUCUGAGCAGGAGAAAGACACCCGAAGCUGAGCUCAGUGAAAGUGAGCGCCGACAACUCCGAGCCGUUUUAGGUUCCCUUCAGUGGCUCGUCGCUCAGGUCCGAUUCGAUCAGGGCUAUAGUCUCAGCACCCUACAAGGUGAGAAGCCAGUGAUUGGGACGCUGCAAAAAGCCAACCAGUUGGUGAAGGAGUUCAAAAGACGUCCCGAUUUUUCCUUGGUGUUUCAAGCUUUGGAUUUGUCAAAAGCGGGCAUCAUGGUGGUCUCUGACUCCUCCCUGGGAAACGUGCUUCGAGAAGGAGGCUGUGAAGGCGAUGUGCUUGAAAAACUCUAUAGCCAAUCGGCUUACUUUGUGAUCAUUGGUGACCACAACCUCAUGAACGGCCGUGAAGGAUGCUUCAAUGUUGUGGAUGCUCGAUCACACCGGCUUCCAAGAGUAUGCAGAUCGACCUAUGGAGCUGAGCUCAUGGGAGUUGAGGAGGGCAUGGACAUGGGAAUCUUUUGCCGGGGUGGCCUAGCAACCUUCCUUGGUCUCCCUACUGGCCGACGGGAUUCUCUCAAAGUGAUGGAGGAAAUCCCCAUGGUUUCCAUCACGGAUGCCAAGGACACCUACGACCGCGGUAACUCCGACUGCCCGACCUAUGGUGCUCAGAAGUCCAUGGCUUUUGCCGUAGCUUGGGUGAGACAGACCCUCAAUGGCUACAACAGCAGCCUGAAGUGGACGGCGACUGCCAACAUGUGGGUGGAUGCUGGGACGAAGGCUAUGCCGCUAGACCACAUGCAGGAGAUCCUGGCAAAAGGCAAGUGGAGCUACGUCUACCACCAGGACUAUGUCAAGCAGAGCCCAAAGAAGAAAACGCCAGAGAAGAUCGGCAUGACUGCUGAGCUGCCAGGUGAGCCGUUAGAUGAGCGUUCCCAAAUGUUUCAAUUUGUUUUGAAGCUGAGUGGUCAACCCGGCUGGCACGAGAGGCCUGACAUGGCGGUGCACGUGGCCUACGGAGCCAAAUCUUUCAGGGUGCCAGAUGGCCGUUUUGGGGCCAACAAGUAUCCAGUGCGGUCCACCUUCGGGAAAUUUGAUCUGGAGGAUGGCCGAAGUGUGUGGAGGCAACUUGAACACGGUGAGAAUCUCACCGAAUUGGCGAAUCGCCGGAAGCUGUUGCCUAGGCCUGCCGGAUGCUUGAUUUCCUUGUUCAUGUCUCAAGCAAAGAAGAGAUUAGAGCAGCUGAGAAAUCAUGAUCGUGACAUGCAUGGUUGA